CACUAUUUUUAACAUUAAAUAUUAUAAAUAUGAGUAGCAUUCGGGUUUAUGUGCGGCUACGUCCUGUCUUUUAUGCUCCAGGACAAGAACCGGAAGAGACUUGCAUCCGCGCAGUGUCUGGCAGAGAACUUGAAAUGAUUAAUUGGAGGAACACAACUCAAACGGUCAAUUACCAAUUCGAGCAAGUGUUUGGGGAAGAUACUUCCCAGGAAGAGAUCUUUGGAACUGUAGUGCAGCCUCAAAUGUCUCGGUUUUUAACACAUUUGGAGAAUGUUUCAGUGUUUGCAUACGGCCCAACAGGUUCAGGAAAAACUCACACUAUUCUUGGAACCGAUGAUUCGCCCGGUUUUAUUCCGAGAGUAAUGCAGAGUUUAUUCACCAGAGUUCGACAAAACAAUGAACCUGGAGCCCAAACACUUUCAAUGUCUUACAUAGAGAUAUACCAGGAGAAUAUUCUCGACCUGCUGUCUACAUCUAAGAAAUCAUUUACUCUUAAAGAAGAUAAAAAUAAAAGUAUUAUCAUUCCCGGAAUUACUGAGAAAGUUAUUGAUAAUUUUGAAAGUUUUGAGAGUGUGUUUGUACCAGCCUCAAAAAAUAGAAGAGUGGAAAAAACAAAGCUUAAUGAAAGAUCAAGUCGUUCACAUGCUAUACUUAUCAUCAAACUUUACUCAAAAAAUAAUACUAUUCCUGGAAAAUGUCAAGUUGCAAAGUUGUCCAUCAUUGAUUUGGCUGGAUCUGAAGAUAAUAGAAGAACUGGUAAUGCUGGCGUCCGUUUAAAGGAAUCAGGUGCAAUCAAUGCAUCGUUACAUGUUUUAAGUAAGGUGGUAGAUGCUUUGUGUUCCAGCAAGCCAGUACGGAUUCCUUACCGUGAUAGUAAACUAACACGGCUUCUUCAAGACUCUUUAGGUGGCUCUUCACACACUGCUCUUGUGUUGAAUGUAUCACCAGAACUUUCUUCUUUAUUAGACACCCAGAGUGCUUUGAAUUUUGCCUCCAAGUCCAAGCAGGUAGUAAACAAGCCAUUUGGAGUUAAGGUGUUUGCUGAUGCACCUUUACUUGCACCACAAAAAGACACCAAGCAACAAAACAUAAGUGAAGAAUGUAAAGAAAACAUAGUAGAAACUAGCUUUUUACAUCCAUCUACCAAGCAACAUCCCAAGAAACAUAAGUUAGAAAUGCUGGAAAAGGCCAUUCUUGCAAAGCAGCAUGUCUCUGCUAAAAAGAAAAAGCUUGUGUCAUUAAAUGAGAGCGAAAAGAAUGUAACGUCCAUAGAAACAAUUAAGGAUAUCCGGGAUUCUGCUUUUCAAUUCAAACUUUUCAAAGAACAUAUUGUAUCUGAUCAAAAUGAAGAAUUUAAAGAACCUCCAGUAUGUGAUAACAGAUCUUCUGAAACAGAAUGUUUUGUGGAACUGAAACAAACUUCUAAAUGCUUGCAUCCUAACUUAGUACUUACUCCCAAGUGCAAAUUAUCAAAAACUAGUAAAGUGUUUACACUAAGUGUUAAGAAAGCAACUGAUGAUCAACAAUUAAAAUUAGGUAAAAAUAAGUUAACUGCACUGGUACAUGUUCUGUAUGUUGGGCACAGUAUGAUUCGGCAGUUUCACCAUUUGGUGCUGGUUUCAAAGUGCGGCUGUCCUUCUCAGUAUGCUGUUCGAUACAAAUCCAGUUUCAUGUCAAGUCUUCCUGCUGACACAUUGUGGAAAUCAACCUCUCCCACAACAAAGCGAUCUGGCAGAGGCAAACGUGCUGUUGUAAAAAAGAAAAUUGACCUGGGGAAGGGGAAGAUAUUAGGAGAGGGAACUGUUGGUAUGGAAUGGCCAGGACUGAAUGCUCCCCUUGGUAAUAAGAUCAGAAGGCGAGAAGAAAGUGAACAAAAUGAAUUCCUGGCCAAGCAAGAGGAGAAUAAGAAUGCCAAAAAAUUACAAAGACAGAAGUUUGCAGCUGAUCGUGGAUGGACAGGGGGUCAGUGGGGAGGACUCAAGUUUGGUCCACCUGAACCUGCAGAAGGUCAUUCGUAUGAAGACUUCAGCUGUGUCUUGUUGAAUGUGGCGCGUGUUUCUCAUAUGAGCAUGGAGCGUGGAAGAAUCUACUCCAUGCGAUCAGGUGUUGCCAUCGGUAAUGGUAACGGGUUGAUAGGAGUAGGUGGAGCUACAGCUCCCACUAUCGUAUCAUCAGUGAGGAAAGCCAGGAUAAAAGCGAUCAAUCGUCUUCAGUUUUUUGAAAGGUGGGAGGAAAGAACAGUAUUUGAAGAUGUUUAUGUGAAUCAUCACAAAACGUGGAUGUACAUCAGGAAGCAACCUGCUGGGUAUGGUUUAAGAUGUCACCGGGCAAUAAGGGACAUGUGCAAACUAAUUGGAAUUAAAGACAUUUAUGUCAAAAUUGAAGGUUCUAAAACCAUGCUGAAUCUUGUAAAGUGUUUCUUUAAGGGACUUCGUACGCAAGAAACGUAUGAGCAGAAGGCCAAUCGCGUCGGUUAUCACAUUGUCGAAUUUGACCAACUGCGGCAUAACUUUCCAGUUGUGCUCGCUUCGCCAUCUAGCGGCGAAGUAAAUACCGAACCUUACAACGACUACGAAGAAUACAUGAACCAAGAACUGGUGCUGCGUGAUCAGCGAAAAAGAGAUCCAGAAAAGUGGUCGUCAUUUUAUAAAGCAGUAAUGCCACACGCUCGUGGCCCGCCCGUGUUACCGCCAAUGCCUGUUCCCUCGCUACUCGGCGACAUUAAGAAUUUAAAAGUCGAUUGACGAAAUAUACCAUACGCUUCGUUGUAAAA